GCGGCGCAGGGCCCCAGCAUGUCCCUGGCCGGCUCCAAGCGAGGUCCCCCCGAGGCCGGGGGGGGUCCCUCCGGGGGGGGCCCCCCCGAGAAGAAGCCUCCCCGGGAGGAGCAACCUCCGACCACCCUGAUCGAGCCCCUGCGGCUCGGCGGCAUCUCCUCCACCGAGGAGAUGGAUCUGAAGGUGCUGCAGUUCCGCAACAAGAAGCUGGCCGAGCGCCUGGAGCAGCGGCAGGCAGCCGAGGAUGAGCUCCGGGAGCGCAUCGAGAAGCUGGAGAAGCGGCAGGCGACCGACGACGAAACCCUGCUGCUGGUCAACGGCUCCUGGGCGCGGCUGGAUGCUGAGCUCCAGGCCCUGCUGUGCCACUAUGAAGGGGAGGGGGCAGCCCCCCCGGCCCCCCCCGCCGGGGACCCCCCCCCAGAACCUCGGCCAGAAGGGGGGGGCGAGCUGGGGGAGCCGGGCAGGGCCCUGCUGCGAGAGCUGCUGCGAGAGCACCGCCGGCUGCAGGACCUCACCCUGCAGCUGCAGGAGAAGCACCACAGGGUGGCGCUGGAGCUGGCAGAGCUGCAGGACAAGGCUGGCACCGCUGAGACCAAGGUGCUGGAGAUGGGCACCACGCUGGAGGGGCUGCAGUGGGACAGUGCCAAGCGGCGCAAGCGCGAGGGCAGGCUGGACAGGCUGCUGGCUGAGGCCCUGGAGCAGCUGGCCUCAGGCUCCUAUGGCUCCGGCAGCUCUGGAGGCUUCCAGGGAGGUCAAAUCACUCUCAGCAUGCAGAAGUUCGAGAUGCUGAACGCGGAGCUGGAGAGCCAGCAGGAGUUGGCCAACAGCCGCAUGGCAGAGCUGGAGAAGCUGCAGCAGGAGCUCCAGCAGGCGGUCAGGAGGCAGCAGGGCCUCAAGGUGGCCCUGAGGUCCCUGCCCGAGGAGGCAGUGAAGGAGGCCCUGGAGUACAAGGUGCUGCAGUCCCAGUUCUCACUGCUCUACCACGAGAGCCUCCAGGUCAAGACCCAGCUGGAUGAGGCCAGAGGCCUCCUGCUGGCCACCAAGAACAGCCACCUGAGGCACAUCGAGCACAUGGAGAGCGCGGAGCUGGGCGCUCAGAAGCGGCUGCGCACUGAGGUCAUCCAGCUGGAGGAUUCCCUGGCGCAGGUGCGGAAGGAGUACGAGCUGCUGCGCAUCGAGUUCGAGCAGAACCUGGCGGCCAACGAGCAGGCAGGGCCAAUCAACAGGGAGAUGAGACACCUGAUCAGCAGCCUGCAGAACCACAACCACCAGCUGAAGGGAGAUGUGCAGCGCUACAAGAGGAAGCUGCGGGAGGUGCAGGGCGAGAUCAGCAAGCUCCGCCUCCAGGCCAGUGGGGCUCCACCCCCCACCGCCAGCGCCCCGCCCCCUCCUCCUCCUCCAAUCACUCCUCCCUCCUCAUUGGCCGCCGCGGAAGCCCCUCCCCAGCGCCGCCCAACGGAAGAGGAGGACUCGGCUGGGGCCCCGCCCCCCGCCCCCAGCGCCCCGCCCCCGGCGCCCCUCGGCCCUCCCCCGGCCCAAGCUCCGCCCCCCCGGGCGAAGGAGCCGCCCCCGACCCCGCCCCCUCCCCGGCCCAGCCAAUCGCGGGACAGGGAGCGGGAGAGGCCCCCCCGGGAGAGGCCCAAGGGGGGAGGGGGAGGGGGGGGGGGAGGGGCAGGGGCAGGACCCCCCCAGGAGGAGCCCAAGAAGAAGGACUCAGAGCUGCUGAAGCAGCUCAGGGCUGAGCUCAAGAAGGCUCAGGAGAGCCAGAGGGAGAUGAAGCUGCUGCUGGAUAUGUACAAAUCUGCCCCCAAGGAGCAGAGAGACAAAGUGCAGCUGAUGGCUGCCGAGAGGAAGAGCAAGGCCGAGGCGGAGGAGCUGCGCUGCAGGGCGCGGGAGCUGGAGGAGAGGGAGAGGAGGGAGAGCAAGAAGCUGGCGGACGAGGAGGCCCUGCGGAGGCUGCGCCAGGCCGAGGAGCAGAUCGAGCACCUGCAGCGCAAGCUGGCGGCCACCAAGCAGGAGGAGGAGGCUCUGCUGUCGGAGAUGGACGUCACCGGCCAGGCCUUCGAGGACAUGCAGGAGCAGAACCUGAGGCUGCUGCAGCAGCUGCGCGAGAAGGACGACGCCAACUUCAAGCUGAUGUCCGAGAGGAUCAAGGCCAACCAGAUCCACAAGCUGCUGAGGGAGGAGAAGGACGAGCUGGCCGAGCAGGUCCUGGCCCUCAAGGCCCAGGUGGAUGCCCAGCUGCUGGUGGUGCAGAAGCUGGAGGAGAAGGAGAGAGGCCUCCAGAGCAGCUUGGCCGCCGUGGAGAAGGAGCUGGCCCUGCGCUCCCAGGCCCUGGAGCUCAACAAGAGGAAGGCGGUGGAGGCUGCCCAGCUGGCCGAGGACCUGCGUGCCCAGGGGGAACACGUCCAGGCCAGGCUGAGGGAGCUGCAGGCCUGCGCCGCCGAGAACCAAGCGGCCAAGGAGAAGGAGUCCCUGAGCCUGAAACGAGCCCAGGAGGAGCUGUCUCGGCUGCGCCGGAAGCUGGAGAAGCAGAGGAAGGUUGAGGUCUACGCCGACGCCGACCAGAUCCUGCAGGAGGAGAUCAAGGAGUACAGGGCGCGGCUGACCUGCCCCUGCUGCAACGCGCGCAAGAAGGACGCGGUGCUGACCAAGUGCUUCCACGUCUUCUGCUUCGAGUGCGUCAAGAGUCGCUACGACACGCGGCAGCGCAAGUGCCCCAAGUGCAACGCCGCCUUCGGGGCCCACGACUUCCACAGGGUCUACAUCAGCUGAGGGG